AUGCCAUUGCAGACGGGGCUAAUACUUCCUGUUCUCAUCCAACUUCCUAUUGCACAUGAAGAGGAAGAUGUAAAUGAAGCGAACAAGGAAGUAAUUAACGAGGAAGAUGAUAAAAUCAAAUAUCUAAAGCAAGAGUGUGGAGACGAGGUUUAUGAAGCUAUUACAAAGGCCUUGGAGGAGUUGAAUGAAUACAAUCCUAAUGGUCGGUGCCCCGUAUCAGAGCUAUGCAACAAGAAGGAAAGCAGAAAGGCUAAAUUGGUAGAGGGCGUAGCACAAAUUCUCAAACAGUGGAAGCAACAGCAAAAAAGAUAUCGAAGGAGACUCUAA